AUGCGCCCUCUCUCCAUCCCCACCUUCGCCCAGUCCCAGCAGCAACUCCUGCUAGCAGAACACGACGCCGAAAUAGCCUCAUCAGCCCUGAGUCUGUCCUCCGGCGGCACCAAUGCAGGCCUAUCGUUUGUGUCCCCGGCCACUCGUCGUGCGCUGCAAGCUGCGGGCCAUGCGCUGACGGGGUUGGUGCUUGUGAACUGCCGGACGGGCAUGGGCGGAAGAGAGGUUGGUGAGUUUGGCGUGGAUUCCGCGCUGAAAAGCGCAAAGGGGAAGAAGGUUGGUGAUAUGGGCGACAAUGGGGAUGCUGGCAGGGAUAGUCUACCGGCUCAUGGGAUCCGGGUUGGGGAUGUGGUGAGGGUUGAGCCGAUUGCUUCCGGGGCGCGAGGGGGUGUUGGGAGUAAAGCUGGGAAAGCAAAGGUAGGGAAGGACGAUGAUAAGACUACAAAGGGCUUGGAGGGUGUGGUUACGAGGGUUGGAGAGAGGAGUGUGUGGAUUGCGUUUGAUGAUCGUGGACGACCUGGAAAGCAGGAUGAUGAAGGAGCGGAUAGUCUGUGGGGACAAAAGCUUUGGCUGGUAAAAUUGGCAAACGAUAUCACACAUCGACGAAUGGAAAAGAUGACCGAAUCUGACCACACUCGCUUCAUGCAAGUUCUCUUUGGGCACACGACACCGUCUUCCCCUGACUGGGCUUCCGGCUCUUCUAUCGAUUUCAUCGACCCGAGUCUGAACGAUUCCCAGAAAGCAGCAAUCCGCUUCGCCCUAGCAUCCCAUGAGAUUGCACUCAUCCACGGUCCUCCUGGGACGGGUAAAACACACACUCUGAUCGAAUUGAUCCUCCAGCUCGUCCGCCGUAACCUGCGCAUUCUCGUCUGCGGCCCGUCGAACAUAUCCGUAGACAAUAUCGUUGAACGACUGGCGCCGCAUAAAAUCCCACUCGUACGGAUUGGACAUCCUGCGCGCUUGCUGUCUUCAGUUUUGGACCAUUCGUUGGAAGUCUUGACACAAACGUCUGACUCCGCAGCGAUCGUGAAAGACGUUCGACGAGAAAUCGAACAGAAGCAGGCCAGUAUCCGGAAAACAAGGAGCGGAAGAGAGAGGAGGGAGAUAUAUAAAGAUUUGAAAGAGCUGCGAAAGGAAUUCCGGGAGCGGGAGGCAAGGUGUGUCGAUAGCCUGGUCACGGGGAGCAAGGUGGUUUUGGCGACACUGCAUGGAUCCGGUGGGCAUCAGCUUCGGAAUCAAAAGUUCGAUGUUGUGCUUAUCGACGAGGCCAGUCAGGCGUUGGAGGCGCAGUGUUGGGUUCCCCUGUUGUCGGCUUCCAAGGCGAUACUGGCAGGCGAUCAUCUACAAUUGCCUCCGACGAUUAAAUCUGUAACGACAAAGAUAUCCAGCUCCGCUGCUAAGCCAAAGUCAUUUGAGGAAGACCACCAUGCUGACCUUUCCAUGUCGAAGCUUUCGAUUGAAACCCUCGAAACUACCCUCUUUGAUCGCCUCCUCUCCCUCCACGGCGCUGACAUCAAACGCAUGCUCACCACGCAAUAUCGUAUGCAUGAAAAGAUUAUGUCUUUUCCUUCGUCAGAGCUUUACGAAUCUAGGCUCAUUGCAGCAGACCAUGUCAAGGCCCGGCUGCUCAGGGACCUUCCGUAUGAAGUCCAAGACACGGACGAUACUCGGGAACCACUGGUCUUUUACGACACCCAAGGCGACGAAUUUCCAGAGCGCACCGAAGAGGCCGAGCUUCUCCUGGCGGAUAGUAAGAGCAAUGAUCUCGAAGGCGCGAUUGUCGCGAGACAUGUGGGGAAUUUGAUCGCCGCGGGCGUGGUGGAGGAGGACAUCGCGGUGAUCACACCGUAUAAUGCACAGGUGGCUUUGUUGGCGCAGCUACUGAAGGAGAAAUAUCCCGGCUUAGAGAUUGGAAGUGUGGAUGGGUUUCAGGGGCGGGAGAAAGAAGCGGUUGUGGUUAGCCUUGUGAGAAGCAAUCCAGAGCGGGAAGUGGGCUUCUUGGGUGAGAAGAGGAGGCUGAACGUGGCCAUGACUCGUCCACGGAGGCAUUUAUGCGUGUGUGGAGACUCCGAGACUAUCAGCCGUGGAAGUCCGUUCCUCAAACGGUGGAUGGAGUUUUUGGAAGAAAAUGCCGAUCUGCGGUAUCCUGAUGCGACGGAGUUUAUGCAGACAAGUUGA